CUCAGAAACAGUAUCAUGAAGUCACUUGUUUUCUUCACCUUCACUCUUCAACUGGCAUCAGCAGUCACACACACUGUGCAGUACUUCUACACUGCAGUCUCAGCAGGAAUACAUUUCCCAGAAUUCACUAUUGUUGGCGUGAUGGAUGGACAGCAGAUUGAGUACUAUGACAGCAACGUCAGGAGGUAUAUCCCAAAGACAGAGUGGAUGAAGAAGAUCGACGCUGAAGAUCCAGAGUACUGGGACAGACACACAAAGAUUGCACAGGGGAUUCAGGAGAUCUUCAAGGCCAACGUGGCUACAGGAAUGAAGCGCUUCAAUCAGACUGAAGGGGUCCACACAGUACAGAGGAUGUACGGCUGUAAGCUGCACGACGAUGGAACCAAGAGAGCAUAUUGGGGGGAUGGUUAUGAUGGUGAAGACUUCCUCAGCUUUGAUCUGAACACUCUCACCUAUAUUGCACCUACUCCUCAAGCUGUUAUCACCAAACACAAGUGGGACCCUGAUACUGGUGGGAAAGUACUCAGGAAGAACUACCUGGAGAACGAGUGCAUCAAGUGGUUACAGAAGUUUGUGGAUUAUGGCAGAUUCACUCUGGAGAGGAAAGUCCGUCCAGAGGUGUCUCUGUUCCAGAAAGACUCUUCUUCUCCAGUGGUGUGUCAUGCUACAGGUUUCUUCCCCAAAGCAGUGAUGAUCUCCUGGCAGAAGAAUGGAGAGGAUCUGCAUGAGGACGUGGAGCUCAGAGAGACGCUACCCAACCAGGAUGGAACCUUCCAGAAGAGGAGCGUUCUGACCAUCUCACCUGAGGAGCUGAACAGACACGACUACACCUGCAUCAUUCAUCACAGCAGCCUGGAGAAGGAGAUGGUGUUGCUGGUGUCUGAUUAUAGAGUCCAGCAAGGUGGGAUGCUUGCUACAGUCAUUGGCACAGUCUUGGCUGUUCUCCUGCUCGUCAUCACUGGCUGUGCUGUAUUUCUUAUUUGGUGGAUGAAGAUGAGAAAGCCUGAUCCUCCUGACUCCACUACAAACACCCAGCAGCCUGAAGUCCAGCCCAAGCCAUUUACUGAUGGAGACUCUGCCUCCACCACCUCUUGAAGUCUAUACAAGUCUUCAGAAUGAUUUUACACUG